UUGCUAUAAAAAUCAUAGACAAAACGCAGAUGAACCCUUCCAGUUUGCAAAAGUUGUUCAGGGAAGUAAGAAUAAUGAAAAUUCUUGACCAUCCUAACAUUGUGAAGCUAUUCGAAGUCAUUGAAACAGAUAAAACACUUUACCUUGUGAUGGAAUAUGCCAGUGGCGGUGAAGUUUUUGAUUACUUGGUUGCACAUGGUCGGAUGAAAGAAAAGGAAGCCAGAGCCAAAUUUAGACAAAUCGUGUCUGCUGUACAGUAUUGUCACCAGAAGCACAUUGUACAUAGAGAUUUAAAAGCUGAAAAUUUAUUGCUUGAUGGUGAUAUGCAUAUAAAGAUUGCCGAUUUUGGCUUUAGUAAUGAAUUUGUUCCUGGGAGUAAAUUAGAUACUUUUUGUGGUAGUCCCCCUUAUGCUGCUCCAGAGCUCUUUCAAGGUAAAAAAUAUGAUGGUCCAGAAGUGGAUGUGUGGAGCUUAGGUGUGAUUUUAUACACAUUAGUUAGUGGAUCAUUACCGUUUGAUGGUCAAAAUUUAAAAGAACUUCGAGAAAGAGUUUUACGAGGAAAAUAUAGAAUACCUUUCUACAUGUCAACAGACUGUGAAAACUUACUAAAGAAAUUUCUUGUUUUAAAUCCUACAAAGAGGGCUAAUUUAGAGACCAUUAUGCGAGACCGCUGGAUCAAUGUUGGGUAUGAAGAUAAAGAAUUAAAGCCUUACAAAGAGCCAUGUAGAGACAAGCUUGAUCCUAAGCGCAUAGCUAAAUCUUUAAGGAAUGAGGUGUCCUCAACAGAGACAGGUUCCAACAUAAAUGGCCUACAUCGCUAUCAAGAUAUUAUGGCUAGUAUGGGUUAUACCUUGAAAGAUGUUGAAAACUCCUUGAGUCAGCAGAAAUAUGAUGAUAUCAUGGCAACAUAUUUGCUUUUGGGACGAAGAACGUCUGAUUUGGAAGGCAGUGACCGAUCUGGUAGCAACCAAUCUCUUCGGCACUUGCCGAUGACUACGAACCGACCAACAACUGAAACUAAUGCUAAUACAAAUCAGUCACCCAAUCGUGUUACAAGGAGUCUUUCUGCCACUAAUCAGAAACCUCCUCGGCGUUACAGCCAUGGAGGGCCUGCUGGACCUGGUAGUGCUACAUCAUCUUCACAGUCGCAGUCUUCGAGUUCUCAUGCAACAAGAAGGCAAAACACAAUAGAUACUAAUACUAAUACUACUACAAAAGAAAGUACAUUGAGUUCUCGAAUGAAGACCCCUUCUGGUGGUAACAUGCCUCUGGAGUCUCCCAAGAUUAGUGCAAGUCCUGUUAGAAUGUCGGUACCAAAAAAACCAAGUGGACCUUCUACAACACCAAAGAACAAUGUUGUAAGUGGUUCUUCUCUAACACGAAGAAGUACUUUUGGACCUGGAGAUAAUAAGACAAGUAUAGAAAAAAAUAACAGAACAACUAAUGGUCAAGACUACCGGAGCCAUAUACCAAAUUCUACUUCCAAUCCAUCUUCAGAGCCCCCAUCAGCAAGGCCUAAGGGCCAUGUAAAGUCAGCCAGCACAUGUCAACCAUCACGAGUCCCAGAUUUGCCACCUAUUAGUUCAGACACAUCUGAUACCUAUAGGCCAACACCGGCUCAAGGGAAAACUUCAAUUCCCUUAUCACCUGCUGCAAACAAGCCUUUAUUCCGAGGCACAGCAGGCCGAAAUACAUUCCACGGAGGCCACAUUAGGGACCGACGGCAGUUCAACCAAUAUAACGGCCCUGGUGUUCCUGGGCAUACUCAGGAUACCACAACAGCCGGACAAGUAGCUCGAGUGUCUUUCCUGAACAAACUAACUUCAAAAUUUAGUCGAAGUGGUGACCCCAGAAGGGCAUACACAGAUACCCCCGGCAAAUUGUUCCGCAGGUCAGUGAAUGAUAAAGAAGAUCAAGUUAAGCCGCGUUCGUUGAGGUUCACAUGGAGUAUGAAAACGACCAGCUCAAUGGAUCCUAAUGAUAUGAUGAAAGAAAUUCGCAAAGUCUUGGAUUCAAACAACUGUGAUUAUGAGCAACGGGAAAAGUUUCUCUUGCUCUGCAUCCAUGGAGAUCCAAAAAUAGACAGCUUAGUACAAUGGGAGAUGGAAGUGUGCAAGCUUCCAAGACUGUCAUUGAAUGGUGUUCGUUUCAAACGGAUUAUAGGGACAUCAAUAGGAUUCAAAAAUAUUGCAUCCAAAAUUGCCAACGAACUGAAACUUUGAUCUCGGGGGAAAAAAAUUUUUGAAAAAAAAAAAAAAAAGAUAAUAAAUUACCAGAUCUUAUGUCUUUGGUUAAACAGCUUGAGAUUUCCAGCGUGCAAAGUCCUGCUACACAACCUGGUAUUGGUUGAUCAGUCAUCUUGCUCUACAGUGGAUCUGUAAUUUCUAGCAGUUCAUUAUCCCCUUUGGUGGACUUACUUUAUUAGGCUUUUAUUUUGUACAAUGUGUAAAGACAAACAAAAUUUUAAAAAUAUCUGAAGAAAAACUGUAUCCCAGAACUGUACAAAAUAGAGAGUCAAUUGGUUAAACCUUUGGAUGGUAACCGUGUAACCUUUUAAAUGUAAGUAUUUCACUUAGUAAAAAAAAAAAACAAACAAAAAAAACCUAUGAAACAGGCGAUAUAGUUGUGGAUCAUGACGAUGGCAAUUUAAUUGAGUAAGACUACAACUGGUAGGUAAUACUGCUAUUUUAAAUGGAAAAAAAUAAUAUUAAUAAAAAUAAUGAAAUAAAGGGAAAACUCUUUGAAAUAUUAGAUGAAUGAGUGUGAAUUUAAGAUUUAAAUAAGACACUAUUGUUCAUCAGUUAUUAAGGAAAAUUCUGGAUUAGUCUUGUACAAACUGAUAUCACGGAGAAAGAAAAGAAAAACACCCUCCAUGUUUUGUAUUUGCACAUUUGUUUUUUAAUUACUCCAUAAAGCAGGUUACCAGGAUCAUGUGGUCUUUGAGCCAUUUUUAUGGUAUUUUCAAAACUGCUCUGACUCCUCUGACUCCUACCAGCUGGGUAAUAUCUACCUCUUAUUGCCCGUCUCUUUCUGUGUUUUCCCACCCUUCAUUGCUAGAGUUUGAAUGUUAAAAGGAAAUGCCAAUUUCUUUCAAUAUUUCUUUUCAUUCACAUAUUCAUAUGCUGGGGUUAUGAGAUCAGGCAUAAGUACUGCUAUUUCAAGUUAGUUACUUUUACCCCCUUUCAAGCUCUUUUUAGUUGAUGACUAAUCAUAUAUCAUUGUUCUCAAAGUUUUUUUUUUUAACUAAAACUAAUCAGUGCUUAGCUAUUGAUUUCAAACUUGAAACCAAAUGUGAUGAAAGUAAAAUUAUAAAACCAGCUUCUUUUGGGAAAGGAAUUGAGCAUUUGUGAAGGUAAUAUAGAUAAGGUCCCAACAAUUGGUUUGGUAUUGAGGCUAAUUUGGCCUUAAGUGCACACUCCAGGUUUAAAAAAUAAAAAGGAAAAAAAA